AUGUCGUCCUUUUUCACCCUCCCCGCCUCGCAAAAGAAGCGGAAGAGGUCGCAGGGUGAUGCUGCUCCUCGUGGACAGCAGAAAGGACCUUCGAAAUCACGACAAACUCGGGACGAAUCGAUCUCUGGAAGCGAUGAAUCCGGCGACGAGGCGCCGACUAGAGGAGAGGACGAGUAUGAUAGCUCGGUGACUGAAGACGAUGAGUUCGCCGGAGAGGAUCCAGCUGCGAAGCGUAUACGUCUUGCUGAGCAGUAUCUCGCCAACACCCAGAAGGAAGUCCUAGAUGAGGCGGGUUUCGACGCAAAAGAUGUGGAUGAAGAGAACCUGCAGCGGCGCAUGGGCGAGAGGUUGAAAGAGGACACCGCAGAAACGAAAGGAAAGCUGUACAGAUGGAUUGCGCAAGAGUUUGACUGGAAGAAGGCGGAGCGAGCUCAAUUUCGACACCAUCAGAAAGCGGUGACAGGCGUGGCUGUCUCUGGAGAAUUCGCGUACACUGGUGGAAGAGAUUGCAUUCUGGUGAAAUGGCGAUUACCAUCACCUGUGCAAGACCCGACAGCAAAGAAGAGAAGUCGAAAGCCACAGAGGAUAUUAGUGUCGAAACCGUUUGGCAAGAACACGAACAGUCAGGACCCGGACCACCACACGAAAGCGAUUCACUGUGUGGCUGCUUCGCAAGACGGCAAGUUUGUGGCGACAGGGGGUGCGGACAAGAAGCUCAUAAUCUGGGAGGCUGCAACAUUGAAACCUCUCAAGACAUUCUUUCAACACCGAGACUCAGUGCUGAGCCUGGCUUUUCGACGAGGCACGAAUCAACUCUUCAGUGCCAGCAAGGACAGAACCAUCAAGAUCUGGUCGCUGGAUGAGCUGACAUAUGUGGAGACUCUGUUCGGUCAUCAAGACGAGGUUGUGGAUGCAAGUGCAUUGGCACAGGAAAUUUGCGUCACUGUUGGUGCGAGAGAUCGAACGGCAAGGCUGUGGAAGGUGGUCGAGGAGAGCCAGCUCGUAUUCCGCGGCGGAGGAGCACCCAAAAGGAACAAAUUCCCCAAGUCAGAAGACAGUGGUGUCGAUAUGGGCGAGGAAGAACCAGCGCACGAAGGCUCCACCGACCGAGUGGCAUGCAUUGACGAUGAGACUUUUGUCACCGGCUCGGACAGUGGCUCCCUAUCGCUGUGGAACAUCCACAAGAAGAAAGCAGUGCACGUAUACCCUCUCGCACAUGGAAUGGACCCACCUCUACCUCUAGACGAAGUCAGCGCGGAGGAAAAUCCUCCUGAAGAAGCGCGAACGAAGCCCCAAGCUCGAUGGAUCACUGCUUUACGAGCGAUACCGUUCUCAGACGUCUUCGUCACGGGUAGUUGGGACGGGCAUGUGCGGGCGUGGAAAAUCAGCUCCGACAAGAGACAAAUCGAACCCCUCGGACCUCUAGGCAGCAUCAACCAUGCUAGUGGUGAUGGAAAUGGCGUUCAGAUCAGUGUUAAUGGCAUUGUCAACGACCUCGCCAUCAUCGACAGGGGAGAACGGGCCAAGGAUGGAGUUGUUGUGGUCGCUGCCGUAGGAAAGGAGCACCGCCUUGGGAGAUGGAAGGAAGUAAAAGACGGCCAAAACUACGGCGUCCUAUUCGAAAUCCCUCGCAUAACAGCCGCAGAUGCUGAAGAAGACGUAAAUGGUCAAGAAGAGGAGGAAGAAGACUUCGCCGGUUUCGACUAG